AUGGUCAAGGGUGGUGCCAGGGGCAGCCUUUCGCGCAAGGAGCUCCGGAAAGCUCACAAGCAGGCAGCCAAGGAGAAGAAGCAACAGCGGCACAUCCUCAAACAGCAAACCUCUUCCGCGGGAGCAGUGACCACCGGACCCGUUGCAGCCGCAGCAGCUGCUGCUGCCGCUGCUAAGAAGCGAAAGCCCCAACUAGGAGGGAAGCGAAAGCAGGGGGGUGCGGUUGCUCAGAAGGAUGGUGGCGGUGCAAAUGGUGCUCGGCGCAAGCGGUGGAGGCCAGAGGAGAUUGACCCAAUGAUCGCUGCCGAAGACGCUGAGCUCAAGCGUCUCGAGCGCCUUCUCGGCGUGACCGGACCCAAUGCUAAGAAAAAGCGCUCCAAGCUGGCGAGGGAGAUCGAGGUGGAAGACGGCAUGGGUGACGAGUUCGGGGCUUUCCUCUCCGACCUGGACCGCAUCGGCGAAUUCGUGGAGGGGGGAGGUGGGAGCGGGUCGAGCGACGAAGACCGGGCGCUCAUGGAGGAGGAGGAGGAGGAGGUGGUGGUGGUGGUGGAGGAGGAGGAGGAAGAAGAAGAGGAAGAGAUGAACUCGAGGUCGCCCGACACAACAGGGUACGGGGACGAAGGCGACAGUCCAGGAACGCCGGCAGCCGAGGAAGAGAGCGAGGACUUCAAGCGGCACACGUACAAACCCAAGCCCGGGCAGGACAUCUACGGGCGGACAAUAGGGCCUACCAAGGGCGGCGCGGCACCCGCCGCGUACGUGCCCCCUCACUUGAGAGCGGCCGCGGCAGCAGCAGAGGGAGGGACGGCGUCCGGAGGCACUGCUGCGGACAAGUUUGGCGGAAACGUUAAGCGUGCUGAGGUCCAGCGAGUGGUAAACGGUAUCAUGAACCGCCUAUCGGAGGAUACGCUGGAACCCGUGACGGCUCGUCUACGGGAGGCGUACCGCGGGCACAGUACCACGGAGGUUAACGAGGCGCUCUGGCAGGCUACCAGGGCCGUCUGCGUCCAUGACAAGCACGUGAUGACUACGCUCAUCCCUUCCUUCACCGCGGUCAUAGCCGCCCUCAACAUCUCGCUCGGCGCUGACGUGGGUGGGUUUUUCCUCGAGAUCAUCGCGAAAGAGCUCAAGGCAGAGGUUUGGGGAGCCACUGGCGAAGGAAGGGCCGGGACUGGCUGUGCCGGUGGUUCCGGCAGCGCGCGGCGAGGGGGCAGGGGCACGGGGUCGAACCUCCUGCUCCUUCUGGCCUACCUGUACAACUACGGCGUUGCUCACUGCACGCUCGUGUAUGACAUCAUCGGUCUGCUGGUCGAUGCGUUUGGUGCGGACGAAAUGGAGCUCCUUCUGCUGCUGCUCCGACACAGCGGUUACCAGCUGCGCUCCGACGACCCGCAGGCCCUCAAGCAGAUCGUCGCCCUGGUGAAGGAGAAAUCGACGGCCGCAGUCGCCGGCUCUGGUACCGAGGCGGCCAUCCCCGGGAGCGACGGCGGCGAGAAAAGCUCCAUCGCCGAGGAGACCGACCGAUGGAAGGAGGCGUUUGCCUCUUCCCAGCCCCGCGGCGACCGCGACAACGACGGAGACGGCAACACCGCCGCCGCCGCCUCCGCCGCCGGUGACGCGAACACCGCGCUCGGAGGGUCCCGCGCCCGCUACAUCCUCGACACGAUCCUCGAGCUGCAGGGCAACAAGCGCAGCCGGAUCCAGGAGCAGGGGCAGGAGUCCGGCCGUCGCGUACGCAAGUGGCUCGGCUCCGUCAAGGCCGCUAAAGGCGGCGGGGGCGGCGGUGCCGGGGGCGGCGGCGACGCGUCGCUCCGGGUGACAUGGUCGGAGCUCGUGUCUACGGAGAACAAGGGCCGCUGGUGGCGGGUCGGCGCGGCCUGGGCGGGACGAGGGGCGUCCGCAUCCUCAUCCCCGGCAGCCGCGACGGUGGAAAGUCGAAACGGCGGCGGCGCAGCUUCGUUGAGUGGAAGCACCGGCAGCGGCGGUGCGAACGAUAGCGAGGCGGUGGGGCUUCUGGCCCUGGCGGCCAGGCAGCGGAUGAACACCGACGUCCGGCGGUCCGUCUUCGUGGCGAUCGUCGGCAGCUCGGACUGCGAAGACGCCUUCGAGAAGAUCCUCCGGCUUAACCUGAAGGGGGCGCAGGAGCGGGAGAUCGCUAGGGUGAUCGUGGAGUGCUGCAGCCAGGAGGGUUCGUACAACCCGUUCUACGCCCACCUGGCGGAGCGUGUGUGCGAUCGGCAGCCCAAGCUGAGGUUCACGUUUCAGGUGGCGUUCUGGGAUGCGCUCAAGACUCUCGAUGACGGUGCUGCGCGACGAGCGGGGAGCCUAGCCCGCCUUAUGGCCCAUCUCGUUGUCCGGAAGCAACUGUCGUUGACCGUGCUAAAGACGGUGGACGUCCAAGAGCUAUCUCCAAGUGGGCUCCUCCUCAUGCGAGUUUUCUUCCAUGAGAUCAUUGCGGCAGGCGACGAUGCUGCCUUCAUGGAGCACACCAAUCACGCCUAGAUUCAGGAGCUUCCAUGUUAUCUUCAGAUGGUAUCGAACUUGUAUCAACGCAAGCGGUAACGGCGGGGAGAGGGGAGAGGGUAGUCGGAAGGGCAGCAUCUUACCUCGGCACGGGAGGGUCUUCUCUUGGAGAUGACUGAGGCCUCAUGCUCGACGCAGUACAACGGGCGCAUUACCACAUUCUCUCGGGUUUCUCCUUUCAACCAGCGGAUGUUUGUGGCCGGGAUGGCGGAGCCAUGCGCCACUCGCCAAUUUUUAACGCAUGUUGUACGGGAGCCCAGAGACCAGCGGUGGUGUCGGGGAACGAACAAUCACAGCUCCUUCGGAACUCUCCCUUUGGUUUCCGGUGCGCGCCGUUCGUCGAACGGAUCUCGCUUACAUGUUGUGCCCAUGGGUUUCUCGAGGAGAAAGAACCAGAGACCGUUUGUAAAGACUCCUCCACGCCCGCGCCUGUUAAACUGGUGCCGAUGCCAUCCCGCAGGUGUUUCGACGACUUGCACGGCCAGCGGGGAUGAAGGAAGGCGGGGGCCACUCGGCCGCGAGAGACAACGCCCUCGUGUUCUUGCGGGGACACCUGGGACCCGCCCCCGACGGCUGGGACCGCGACAGGCGGAAGGCGUUUCGAAAAAGGGUGAAGGGGGCGUGUCGGCUCAUCGAAGCAAUCGUCACUGCGGACGAGCUUGGAUGAUCGAACUGAUGCGGUUUUGUGGUGCUUGUUUUUGGGGAUGGGUACAGCAGUAGGUGGGGGCGGUGUUUUACGAGCUUUGGUCAUGUUGUGACAGAGGUUGGAUUGGCGUAGGAAGACCCCGAUGUUUUCGUCCGUUAGCGUAUCGUGGCUUUUCUAGCGUUUUCGCUAUGUCUACAAGUCCAGAGUAUCGCCACACUGGGGGCGCGCGAAAGCAUCGCACUGCUACGUAGAUGACGGGCAUUUUUUCGGACCCCCAGCGGCUCCCCGAACCCGUUUGUAGUUGAGAGUUUUCGCAGAAUUUGCCUAGCCAAGGCCAUAGCGCCGACAGCGAUAAAACUUUCAGCAUGGGGUAUGCGAGUUACUCAUGGGCAACGAGCAAGUUAGGGUUUCUGGCAAUGCACUCAGUGUCCUCCUC